UUUUCUUCUCGACUCGUUUGCAGAAGCAGAGCUCUGUACAUAGCUUGGUCGAUGAGCGUUGUUGUCGAAUUCAUUCUUCGUGAGAGCUGUCGCUUGUCGAUGUCUUGUGUCGUUGUAGACUUUUUCGUGGUCGUUUUGUCGUCGUUGUGUCGGUGCCGCGAUCGUUCUUUAUCGGAAACUUCAUCACUUUCACCUAUCCCUCUGUGGACGACACUGCGAUUCGAAAGACAAAGACUACGAGCCCCCUUCCGUGGGGAGUGCUGCGAAAAUGUAUCGCGGCGAAACAAGAUGAGGCCUAGGGUGGAGGUCGAUAUUUUUGAGGCAGUUGUUUCCGUACUGCACUGAUAUUUACACCACGACUUCGCCCGGAGGAGAAUCUAGGUAAGGACAUUUCCUGAUCAGCUCGUCGCGCGUUUGUCUCUCGAACCUUCGCGAUCCAGCUCCGGGGCCGGGAAACAAAAGCAGAGUUCUUUGAGUCACCAGGCCCGAAUCUGAGCUGCAGCGCAGAAAUUCAGGGAGAGUUGGUUGCACGACUGAGAAGUGGAAAUCAGUGAAGCGCGCUUUCUCGGUUUCUCGUAGCGGAAGCAGAGAGCAGGAGUAAGUAGCAUUUCUUGACCCGCGCGAUCUGCUGCUCAGGAACGCAGGGAGAUUCCAGUCGAUCAGUAAGUGUGGGUCUGGCUGUAAAAAUACAUACCGAUUGUUUUGGCAGCCGGAAAGACCGAUUCUUUGUUGAGCAAACGAGCGGGUCCGCGACACCAGUACGAACUUCUUGUUGAAUCGUGGAACUAGGGAACAAGAAGAAGCGCGACCUACUUCACCCGGCAAUAACGGAGUGUAGGUUUGCUUCCCAAAAAGGAGACCCAGUCUUCGUCUGCGUUGCUACCUGAAACGAGACACGCCGCCCUGAUUCAGAAGGUCAUUGCGCUUUCUGGGUAUCAAGAUUUGCCGCUCACAUCAGAGAUCGACUACGCGAUCACCACAAUCCCGAACGGAGAUUUUUUUCAAGUUUUUUCUAACGCUUCGCGUUCUUGGAAGCGGGACGAGCAAGCUGCAGUGAGCGCAGGAUCAACCUGUUCUUCUAGAAGUAGCUGUGGGCUUAGAAGAAAGUCGUACUUUCGUAUUAAGAAACGCGGAGGAGCGCAGUCGGUCUAACCGACCUGGCCAGCCUUGGCGAAUUUUCAAGCUAGGCGUGUCUGCCUGUACAUCGCCGGAAUCCAGCAGUAGAGGCAGCAUCUUCUAAGGAUCGCAACAAGACUGCUAAACGCGUACUACUAGCUGACACAUCUUCAACUCGGAGCCCGUUUUUCUUGCAACCGUGCGGCAAGAUGAACAAGGGCAGGAAGAAGGAUGACUUCGAACCCGCCGUGCCGGCGGAUGCGUUCGACCAGCUGUCUAUCAAAUGCAAAAAUGUCUGGGUCUGGAAGAAUGCAUGUUUGUCAUGCUUGUCUGGCAUGACUCUUAAAUCUGUCAUGCACGUUACCCAAGAGCUCCGCUUUUCUGGAUGCAGGAACGCAGUUUGUCAUGCAGAAUAGGCAACACCUAGACGCUCAGAAACUUGUCAUGCUGAGCCAGCAUUUGUGGCCUCAUCAUGAGACGCCACCCAGCAUCACAAGUUUCCAGACCCAGACAUUUUUAUAUUUGAUACUGUCCCGGGAUUUCCAGGAGGUCAUGGAGGAGCUCACGGGCGAGGAAACUAUCAAAAGGAAAAAUCCCCCCACCCCAUAUCGAAAUGGAAAUCUGUGAUGCGGGAUUUGUGUACACAAAUUGGCUUUCUAUUGCAGGAAGGCAUCGCGGCCAGAUCCCCAGGCUAGGUAGGGCCGUAUCGGUCUAGUUGUUCAGCAUGGCAAACGGCUGCUCUUUAGGCCCAGCAGCAUGACAAAUCGCCUCUGUAAAGGGGGCGAAGCUUUUGCCCUUGUCUUCUUGCAAGACAGAUGCGAUUUGUGACCUGAAAUCAGCAACGAAAUUUUCGGAAACAUGCCUUUUCGAUAUGGGGAGGGGGGAUUUUUCCUUACAAUAGAAACCCUGGAAUCUUUUCGCGUGGAAUACGAGAAGCUCCACGGAGCCUUGGCCACCAGUCACGAAUCAGAAAAGAAGCUCAUCACCAAGUGCAAGGCACUGAACCAAGAAAUUGUGCAAAACGCCGUGAAGGUAGAUUUUUUGGAGAAGGAGCUGCUUUGUCGCGGUGCAUUUCGUUGUCGUGUUAAAGUUUGCAUUUUGAUUCUUGCCGGAACGGUAUAGAACAGCACGAAGAAAAUGAAAAAGCUGACGGAAGUAGGCAUUUCUUUAUCUUUGUACUCCUGUUUCAUCAGGUACAAACCGCUCUGAAGCUUUCUUACGAGGACCAGCAGAGAAUAGCAGCACUAAAAAAGGAGGUCGAGCGCGCAUGGCGAAUGGUGGAGACCAGCCACGAGAAAGAACAGCGAGCCUCGGACUCAAUCACCGUUUUGAAGACCGAGGCGGACAACUUGACAAAGAUAGUGGAGCAAGGUAAGAUGAGUGUAGUUAAAUGCUCUUUUCCAGCUGAAGAUGCAGCGAACUGCGUUGAACCCUCGUCGACGUUUACAAAACCAAACUCAUUCAUCUACAGGUGCUGGAAAAAGCGUCAACCAGGAGCAGAUGGUAAUACAGCUCAGCCAAGAGAAAGUGGACUUCAGCAAGACCCGUGAUUUGCUCCAGACUCAAGUCAACAACCUUGCAGCAGCAAAAACUGAGUUCGAGGUAUAGCGAAAUUCUCAUGGCGAUCGUGAUUGAAAAAAGGAAAUUCCCAUUGCGCAAAAGGAAAAUGUAAAUGAGCAAGCGUGAAAAAAAAACUCAGGCACAAAAGCAAAAAUCUUCAACAGGAAAAAACGGAGCGAGCGCAGCUGGAGCUGCAAAAUCAAGCCUCCGAGGUGGUGCGACUACAGCAGGAAAUGGCAAGAAGGAAGACGCAGGGCGAGGAUUCACAAAAACGAAAAGCAGAGCUUAAUGAAGAACUCACGGUAUGAAAAUAAAAUAGAAAUUUAGUGCAUUUUCGAGACAGGCAUUAGCUUUACAUCGAGGCUGCUUGCGGUCCUUGCGUCAGUUGCUUGCCUCCUAUCGUAUGAAGAAAGCGGAAACCUUCAAACAAUCGAAAACAGUCCGUCCGCCUAAAAAUAGACGACAUGACGAAGGAGGUUAAUCAGAACAAAAUUAGUCUGGACGAACAGAAAGCCGUCAUGCGCGAGCUCGAGCAAAAAGUAAAGGCUGAAACGGAGCAAGUUGCCGAAGGUAGUGACAAUGAGUUAAUUAUUGCUCUCGCUAGUAGUUUUGGACAGUUACAGUUUAUUAACGCUCAUCGCACUUGCAAUGGUGAAAACGAAUCCAUGCUUCCUCGUAGUGAAAAUUUUUCCCUUGCGGACAUAAAUCACAGGCUACAGCCGGCAAAACAAGCUUGAGGACGACAUCAAGAAGAGGAAGAAGCUGACCACCGAGGAACAGGCCAUGAAGUCGAAGCUCGGUGAGGAGCAGGCCGGCUUCGAACAAAAAAUAGAUGAGUUGAACAAGGAGAGGGCGUAUUUUCGAAGGCAAAAAAAGCUUGCGGACGACGAAUCCAAGGAGAUCGAGGAGUUCAGGCACAAUCUCGCAGAAGACAGUAAGUAGCACUUUUGCUUUUGAUGAAGAAGUGCACUUUGAUCUGAAUUCGUCUGAAUGAUAAUCAUGCAGGUUUUCUAGUUCUAUCACAUAUGUAAUGCUUCGCCAUUUUUUUCUUCCGACAAAAACAAAACAGAGAAGGUCGAGGAAGGGAUAAUAGCAGAGUUGAAAGCGGAGGUGGCUAGUCUGAAAGCCGAGGCCACCGACUGCCGAAAACAGGCCGACACCGACCAGAAAUAUACCAACGAGAUCACCCGGGAGCGCGAUCUCCUGACGAAAAAUGUCGCGAGCGGGGACGAUCGGGGUAAGAAACAAGCGGAGAUGGUCGCGGGGCACGAAAGGCAGGCAGAGGAGCUCGAGAAAGAAGUUUUGCGGUGGAAGCUCACCACGCAGAACACGAACAGCAGAAUAGAGAGUCUGGAGGCCAUGAAGGAUAAAUACCAGCGGGAGUUGACAGAAGCCUAUCAAAAGUAGUUUUAUUUCGCUUGUUUUUUUUUUCGUGAAUCACAAUCUUCACUUCACUACAGGCGGGUAAAGGUGGCAUGCGGAAGAGCCCCUACUCUCUCGCCUGGGCGGUAGGUGUAGAGCUGGUUGUCGGUUGAACACAGUACAACUUCCAACACCAAUCAGGUUCAACCAAGGCCAGGAGAGCCUGCAAUCAAGAGAGGAAACCGUCGCCGACUUAAACAAGCAGCUCGCGGACAUCAAGCAAAAACUGCACCAACAGAAGAAUCUCUACGAGGCGGUGCGGACGGAUCGAAACCUUUACUCAAAAAAUCUCGCCGAGGUAAACUGCGAUACUGUGUUUAGUGUCCUCUUCGUUGUAUGGAAAUGUACGACUAUGAGAUACUUAGGUUUAUCGGUUAUGGUUGACAUCAAUUUUUCCUUUUACCAAAAUCGACAGGCGCAAGAGGAGAUAGGCACUAUGAAGGAGCGGUUCAGGACGAUGCACCACCAGAUAGAAAACUUGCGAGACGAGAUCCGCAACCGGGACUCGGACCUUAUCAAGAAGCACUGCGACCACGUCAAAGUAUCGAAGGAGAUGGACCGCGUGGUAGAUCACCUCGACAAAACGAGGAAAAGGCAAAACCAGCUGCAGCACGUAUUUCUUGAAGAACUUUUUUUUGAUCAUUCUAAAGACGCGCAUUUCGUUCAGCGAAAUGCUACUUUUGGUUCAUCCCGGCGACCACGGUAGUGGCAAACGUCGCAGCCAUAGAUAUCGGAACAAACGCGAAAACAACCACAGAUAACCGAGCUACAGCACCGCGAGAUGAAGAAGAUAGAGAGCACCAUCGCGGGCGCGGAGUUCGAGCGGCUCGCGCAGCGGAAGGAGCUCACCGCGGUGUCCGGACAGCGGAACAUCCUCGCCACGCAACUGAUCAAGCGCAACGACGAGCUGAACCUGUUGUACGAGAAGAUUAAGAUCCAGCAGUCUACUUUGAAGAAGGGCGAAGCGCACUUCAAGAAGAAGCAGGACGAGCAGACGCGGCUGCGGACCAUGAUUAAGCAGCUGGAGGGCAAGAUCCACGGUGCGGGGAACGGCGGUGUGGACAAAUAUGAAGAAUUGAAGAAAGAGAUGAACGCCCUGGAAAGAGAAGUGUUCGCGGAGAAGCACAAGGUGAAGGCACUCGCGGAGGAGCUGGAGAACCCCAUGAACGUGCACAGGUGGCGGAAGUUGGAGGGCAGCGACCCGCAAAUUUACUCGCUGAUCAACAAGAUAAAGACCCUGCAGCAGCGGAUAAUCCAGAAAACCGAGCUGGUAGUGGAAAAGGGCGAGACGCUGGAGCGAAAAGAAAAGACGUACCAGGAUCUACGGAAAAUGCUCGCGAGGCAACCGGGGCCAGAAAUCACGGACAGCUUAGCGCUGUACCAGGAACACGUCAGGAAGAAAAAAGCGCAGUGCGAGAAGAUGACCGGUAAGGAUUUUUGUUAUCGUGAGGACAUUGAUUUAUUUCGAAAUGUGUUUGGCAGAGAUUCAGAUUGAGAAAAGCACAGGGCGCACUAAAGAACGCUACCUACAAGUACGAAUAUAGAAAAUCUGAAUAAUCAAUCUUUCAGGUGAAUUGCAAGUGUACACGGCGAAAGUCGGAGAGCUGAAGGAGGAGUUGCAGAGACUGCACCGUGCUAACGUGGACGUUCGGAAGAAGCUCUAUGAACAGCGGAAGAAGGAAAAGACGGUGGAGAAGAAGGUCAUCCACACUCUCCUUCCGCAAUUACCGAGGUUCACCGGCGGUGGCUUCAAUCUUUCACUGUAAUCAAUGGUGUUGUAGCUGCGCCAUUUGCCUAUGCACAUGCUACGCAAUACGUGACAGCCCAGAGCAGCGGUCCUGUUUUGUGCCGUCGCCAACGGUAUCUGACUAAGCUGCUGCGUGUCAUGAAAAUUAGCUUUACGCUGUGAGAAUCCGAAUUUAUGCUUGACAAAUCGAAAAGAACGGAGGUAUUUGAUUGAUCCGAAUUUAUGUAGCUUGACAAAUCGAAACAAGAAAUCCGAAGAAAAAGUUUGUUUUUGCUUGACAGUCCGACAAUGCUAGUUCACUCAAUCAUAAUGGCUAGCACUGGUUGCGCAAUUGAUUAGUUGACAAAUUUAGCGAGCCCAAGACGGCAAAACUCAAAGAGCCUGUGCAUGAUUCCGAUGUAACGGGGCUUGCCGUCUUGGAUGAGUGUUGCUGUGAGUAAUUCGCAGUCGCAGAAAUAUUUAUAAAAUGAAAAUGUGAAAGAACAGACCGAACGCAUUUUUUUGUACAAAACCCAAAUGAAAGUGAAAGAAUCUAU